AUGGGUGUUCCUGUUCGUCGAGGGAAUAAAAAUGUGAGUUUUCGCUUCGCUGCUGGAAUGUGUUACACCCUGUCCAGGGAUGUUGCUAAACACUUUGUCUCUUACGAGCCAUUGAAGCGUUUAGUACAUCUCCCAUACAAGAAGGAGCGUGAAGAGGAAUUCCUAUCACUUGGUAUGGAUCAUGAAGAUGUCAUGGUGGGCCGUGUGCUGCAAGUUGAAUCUCCAUACACUCCUUUGGUAUUUGUUUCUGAUUUGACUUGUCGGUUUGAACAUAUUCUUAACGGUAGUAUCCAAUUCAAGAUAAACCCAAAGUCUGUUGUCAUUCAUAAUUUGCAAGAAGACGACUAUGUAAUUCUAAUGGAUAGGUUCGGGAAUGGUACAACGUACAGGCCUAGAUUGCGAUUUUGUCCAAAGCCGAAUCAAAUCAAAUUUCUUUGUUAA